AUGCAUGAUUUCUGCUUCACAAUACCAUAUGGUUUGGUUCUUGUGAUUGGAGGGGUAAUUGGGUAUUUGAAGAAAGGGAGUAUGGCAUCAUUAGGUGGGGGUGUUGGCACUGGAUUGGUUCUUAUCUUUGCUGGAUACUUGAGUCUUAAAGCAUUUGAGAAGAGGAAGAAUUCAUUUCUUGGUUUGGCUAUCGAAACUGUUUGUGCAGCUAUACUGACGAUUGUAAUGGGGCAACGCUAUAUACAAACCUCAAAGAUAAUGCCUGCUGGUAUUAUUGCUGGUAUCAGUGCUCUCAUGACUCUGUUUUAUCUGUAUAAAAUUGCAACGGGUGGCAACCACAUUCCAGCUAAGGCUGAGUGA